AAGUGAUCCAAGCUCGAGGGGCUUGGGUCCGCGGCAGUGCUGGGGAAUGCGUGUCCACGGAUCUCGCCUCCGGGGCCAGGAUAAAUCCCGUGCUGGGCAAACAGCCCAUAAUAUAAUAAUAGCAUGUCUCUUUAAAAAGCAAAAGGAGGGGGGGAAAGUUUUGUUGGCAUCUGGUUUCUGAUCUCAUUAUGUUGUGAUCGACCAAUCCAGCCUUCGGGGCUGGUCCCCGGGUUUAAAUCUGAUUGGCCAAGAGCACAUUUUGGGAUGGUGCUUAGAGCUCGACGGGGCGGUUUCAAGGUUCCCUUUUUUGGGGGGCUGAGGAGAGGGCGGGGCCGCCGGCCGGGGACCCCUUGAAACCGACUAAUUGGGAUCCGAGAGGCCGAGGUGAGGGCCGGAGGAAGGCACAAAGGAGUCGCUGGGCGGAGAAGGGAGGGGAGAGGCGAGAGGAGGAGGAAAAAGAGGAGAGAGCAAAGCAGUGCGCGGUGUCUCCAGCUGCUCAGUUAGACUGCGGCGAGCUAGCGGGCAGGCGCGCCGCCCCCUCCCCCGCCCGGCCUCCCCAACUCUGAGGCCCCGAGCAAAGUUUGCAAAGAGGCGCGGGAGGCGGCGGCUGGGGCGAGGCGGCGGCGGGGAAGGCGCGCGGUCUCCGGGCUAGGGGCGGGGGGCGGGGGGCCGCCCCGGAGCCGGGUGGGGGGCGGCGGCCAGCAUGCGGCCCCGCAGCGCCCUGCCCCGCCUGCUGCUGCCGCUGCUGCUGCUGCCCGCCGCGGGGCCGGCCCAGUUCCACGGAGAGAAGGGUAUCUCCAUCCCGGACCACGGCUUCUGCCAGCCCAUCUCCAUCCCGCUGUGCACGGACAUCGCCUACAACCAGACCAUCAUGCCCAACCUUCUGGGCCAUACGAACCAGGAGGACGCGGGCCUGGAGGUGCACCAGUUCUACCCGUUGGUGAAAGUGCAAUGUUCGCCCGAACUGCGCUUCUUCUUGUGCUCCAUGUACGCGCCGGUGUGUACCGUGCUGGAGCAGGCCAUACCGCCGUGCCGUUCCAUUUGCGAGCGCGCACGUCAGGGCUGCGAGGCGCUCAUGAACAAGUUUGGUUUCCAGUGGCCCGAGCGUCUGCGUUGCGAGCACUUCCCGCGCCACGGUGCGGAGCAGAUCUGCGUGGGCCAGAACCACUCCGAAGACGGCUCGCCCGCGCUGCUCACCACUGCGCCGCCGCCGGGCCUGCAGCCGGGUGCUGGGGGCACCCCAGGCGGCCCGGGCGGUGGCGGCUCGCCCCCGCGCUACGCCACGCUGGAACACCCGUUUCACUGCCCGCGUGUCCUCAAGGUGCCGUCCUAUCUCAGCUACAAGUUCCUGGGCGAGCGCGACUGCGCGGCGCCCUGUGAGCCGGCGAGACCCGAUGGCUCCAUGUUCUUCUCGCAGGAGGAGACGCGUUUUGCACGCCUCUGGAUCCUCACCUGGUCGGUGCUGUGCUGUGCCUCCACUUUCUUCACCGUCACUACGUACCUGGUGGACAUGCAGCGCUUCCGCUACCCCGAGCGGCCCAUCAUCUUUCUGUCCGGCUGCUACACUAUGGUAUCGGUGGCCUAUAUCGCAGGUUUCGUGCUCCAGGAGCGCGUGGUGUGCAACGAGCGCUUCUCUGAGGACGGCUACCGCACGGUGGUGCAGGGCACCAAGAAGGAGGGCUGCACCAUCCUCUUCAUGAUGCUCUACUUCUUCAGCAUGGCCAGUUCCAUCUGGUGGGUCAUCCUGUCGCUCACCUGGUUCCUGGCGGCGGGCAUGAAGUGGGGCCACGAGGCCAUCGAGGCCAACUCGCAGUAUUUUCACUUGGCCGCAUGGGCCGUGCCGGCGGUCAAGACAAUCACUAUCCUGGCCAUGGGCCAGAUUGACGGCGACCUGCUGAGCGGCGUGUGCUUCGUGGGCCUCAAUAGCCUGGACCCGCUGCGGGGUUUCGUGCUGGCGCCGCUCUUCGUGUACCUGUUCAUAGGCACGUCCUUCCUCCUGGCCGGUUUCGUAUCCCUCUUCCGCAUCCGUACCAUCAUGAAGCAUGACGGCACCAAGACCGAGAAGCUGGAGCGGCUCAUGGUGCGCAUCGGCGUCUUCUCGGUGCUCUACACGGUGCCCGCCACCAUCGUCAUCGCCUGCUACUUCUACGAGCAGGCCUUCCGAGAGCACUGGGAGCGCUCUUGGGUGAGCCAGCACUGCAAGAGCCUGGCCAUCCCGUGCCCAGCGCACUACACGCCGCGCAUGUCGCCCGACUUCACCGUCUACAUGAUCAAAUACCUCAUGACGCUCAUCGUGGGCAUCACGUCGGGCUUCUGGAUCUGGUCCGGCAAGACGCUGCACUCGUGGAGGAAGUUCUAUACACGUCUCACCAACAGCCGGCACGGCGAGACCACCGUGUGAGGGGGUGUCCCAGGGGCCGGGGCCACACCGCGCUUUCCUCCUCUCCGGGGGGCUCCUACAGACUCCUUAUUUUAUUUUUUUAAAUAAAGAACAAUCGAAACCAUUUAUUUUUUAGGUCGCUUUUUAAAGAUAACUCUGCCCACCACCCCCACCAGGUUUGUAAUUAAAACUGUAAAUAGUCUUUGUAAAUUUAAUUAUAUAUUUUCUAUUUAAAAGAAAAAAAAGAAGAAAAAAAAAGGAACAGCAAUGGGCGCCAGGGCUGAGGACUGAAGGGAAGGGGAGUUGAAGGGGUUCUCGCCUUUCAAAACUACACCGCACUUUGGUUCAGAGUUUUUGGUGAUUUGGCAGGGCUGAGCCUGCUGGAAGAGGUUUGGCUAGUUUGUUACAUUCAACUUCUAAAGCCAAAUUGGUGAGCCUUCUCACUGAAGCUGGGUCUGGGGAAGCUGGUGGAUUUUUUUUUUUUUUUUAACAAGACUUGGAUUCUUGUUUUAUUUCCCUCCCCCCCCCCCUUUCUCUCCUCACUUGUCCUGUUUCCUUCACUAGAUCUUUGGAACCCCUCCCAACCGAGAUGAAGAUGUGGAAAAAUAAACCCAACGGGUGGGGUGGUGGGGAGAGGGCGGAGAGGGUGUGUGGAAUGGCCUCCACCCGCUGGCCCACUCCCCUGCAGGCAGGAAGAUCUGUCUCCUCCUUAACUUUUCUUCUUUUCAACUUGAUGCCCCAAGCCCUUGGAGUGGGCCCAAAGUGCUUUGUGAAGUGUGUUUUGAAACAACCCCCCGCCCCCCCCCCACACACAUACACUACCUUGAGUACCCAUCAGGAACCCUUACAUUUUUAGGGGGAGCAUUAGCUCACAAAUGUUGGGGUUUGGUGAUGUCCUUGCAUCUCUCCCCUAAUUUCCCCAGCAGACUGUGCCUCAACCCCACUCUCUCAACCGAGUAUCUUCUCAAGCUUCAGGUUUGUGGGGUGGUUUGGGUGUUAUGUGUGGGUUUUUGUUGUUUAGGGUUAUUUUUUUCUAAAAGCAAUAAAAAAUGGGUUGGGUUGGAGGGAGGGGACAGAUGGGCUGAGAUGGGCUGGUGGGAUUUUUAGUUUUCUUUUGACAAAAGACUGGUUUCUUUUCAAACUUGUCCAGAAAGGCGGGGAGGGAGGUGGGUAUCUUUGCUUUGGAAGAAGGCUCUGGGCAGGCUCUUUGUGACUGUGGGGGUGGGGUUGAGUGUUUACAUGACAUUCUAUAUCACAAGAUUGAUAGAAUGUUUAUAACAGAUGUUUCUUAUCUUCCCCCUACCCCCCACAAAUAAAAGUCAAGACUCUUUCUUAAAGUAUCUUUGACACUGGUAUGAGAAUUGCAGUUUCCAAUACACAUCCUCUCCCUCAACUAUUCGGAUUAUUUUAGAAUUUUAAUUCUAAAGGAUUGAUUUGAGGACCAAGGGGGUGGGUGGGACAGGUAUGCCACAGAACUCAGUUUUUCACCAUCUCCUGUUUCUUGAUAAUAGUGCAAAUUAAAAGCUAAUAAUCAUAAUAAUAAAGUGCAUUUAAUUAUCUUCUA